CAUGGAAAUGGUCCCUUGCAGGAUGGGCUGCAUUCGCUCUUGCUCUCCUCUCCGGAAGACAUGAAACCCUAUCCUCUGCCCUAGAUACUCUGCUUGGGUUUCUCGGGACUAUUUCUGGCACGGGGCUCCAUCGCCUUGAGCGUUUCUGCUGCCUCUCUCCAUCUCUUUUUUCCCUCCUUCGCUUCUCCGUCCGUCCUCUCCUCCCUCUGUCCUUGCCCUUGGCCGGUCUCACGGCCGCGGGCGCUGGCGUGCGUCCGCUCGGCGCCGAGGAUGAAGGCUGCUUUUAGAAACGGGCUGCGAAGGUGGAUUAGCGCAAUUGCUCAUCUGCAUUCGCUCUCCUCCCCAUCCUGCCCCGCUCCUCCCUUCUCCAAAUUGCUCCCGCCUGGGACUGGCGCGCUGCGGAGCCGGACCCGGACCCGCAGGCCGGCAGGCUGCCUUGCCAUGGAUAGCGCCGCGGGAGCCCCCGGGCUGGGCAGGGCGACGCCGGCGGAGAACGGGACCCCGCGGGAGGAGAAGCAGCCGGAUGCCCCCAACGGGGUGCUGCAGCCCCCGAGGAGGGCGGUGCAGGGGGGCACCCCGGCCCCGGGGCAGCCCCAGCCCGGCGGCGGUGGGACGGAGGUGACGGCGAGGGGCCGGGAGGAUGGAGACGCGUCCUCGGAGGAGCCGGGGCAGGGGCGGCGCGAGGAAGCCCUCAUGGCCGAGCUCUCGGAGCUGGUGCAGGAGGUGGUGAAGAGCAGCAGCUGGUGGGAGAGGCACGGCGUGGACAUCUGCAUCAUCACCCUCAGCUUCCUCCUGCUGCCCGCGGGGUUCCUGUGCCUGCGGUCAGCCCACGCCAUCCCCUUCCUGGCCGGCAUCGUCAUCCUCGGCGUGGUGCACCACACGCUGACCGUGAAGGGCAGCCACCUGGCCAGCCACAACGCCUUGACAGAGUCCAAGUCCUGGGGCAAAGUGUGGGCCCUCUUCUUCAUCGAGCUCUGUGCAGCUUUCACGGCUGAGCAGGCCACCUACAACCACGUGAAGAUGCACCACGGCUACACCAACGUCAUUGGCCUGGGAGACUCCAGCACCUGGAAGCUUCCUUUCCUCAACCGCUACGUCUACAUGUUCAUCGCGCCUCUCGCAGUGCCUGUCUUAACCCCUCUCGUCGCGCUGCACUUGCUGAGGAACGUCAAGUUGAAAACAGCUCUCCGGACCAUUUGCUUCAUGCUUCUGGGUCUUUAUUCCCAUUACUGGAUUCUGCUCCACGUCUCGGGUUUCCGGUCUGCCUGGUCUGCCCUGCUCUGCAUGCUGGUCACCCGCGCCCUCCUUGCGCAUCCCUAUACCCACGUGAACAUCUUCCAGCACAUCGGCCUCCCCAUGUUCGCGGCCGAUAGGAAGCCCAAGCGGAUUCAGCUCAUGAGCCUCGGCGUGCUGAACCUGCCCCGCAACGCCCUGCUCGAGUGGUCCUUCGGCCACUCGCUCAUCAGCUGCCACGUGGAGCAUCACCUCUUCCCCGGCCUCUCCGACAACAUGUGCCUGAAGAUCAAACCCAUCGUCUCCCAGUACCUGAGGAAGAAGCAGCUGCCGUACAAUGAGGACUCCUACGUGUCCCGGCUCCGGCUCUUCCUGCAGAAAUACGAGGAGCUGAUGGUGCACGCUCCCCCCAUAACGGAGCUGGUGGGCAUCCAGUGAGCACGGGGCCUCCCGGACUGUCGAGGGGCCGCUCUCCGCGGGGCGUUACGGCAGGGACGGUGGUUUCGGCAGGACCGGGACAUCGCAGACACUUGCCCCCAUAAAGCAAUUGCAUAGGGAA